GCUUGAGCAUCAACAAAGCAAAGUAGGGCAUGGAAUAAAGAGCUUUAAUUACCCUGUCUCCCUGCCGGAUCAAAGGCUCAAGAAGCUUCGUUGCAGCUUCCGAAAUCUCUCUCCUCGGGGGAAGAAUCGAUCAGCUGGCCCGUCCUCCCUGCCUUGCCAUCGGCGGCUUGUUUAGUUGUUCUUCGCGUGCCGCUUCCUCUGAUCCGUCGCCGCCGCGGCCUACUCCAAGAAACGAAGAGCUCUUCUUCUUUCUUCUUCUUCUUCUUCGCAUGUUACAAAGCUACCAGGGACAGGACAGGCUCUUCUUGGCCCCUGUACAGUCAGUCAGGCGCUAGCUAGCUACGCGUGCUCGUCGCAUGGGCGGUGCGUUCGGCGCGCUGUUCGGCCGGCGGACGGCUGGGAGGUCGGCGCCGACCGCCAGGCGCCGGGGCCUGGGACGGCAGCCGUCGGCGCACGACGCCGCCGGCGGUGGGCACCGGAGAGCCGUGCUGGCCAAGAAGUACUCCUUCAUACCUGACACCUACACAUCACUCGAGCAGGUGGCGGCGGCGCUGCGCGAGCAGGGCCUCGAGUCGUCGAACCUGAUCCUGGGCAUAGACUUCACCAAGAGCAACGAAUGGACAGGGAAGCGUUCUUUCGGCGGGCAGAGCCUGCACAGGCUCGGCGAUACGCCGAACCCCUACGAGCAGGCCAUCAGCAUCAUCGGCAAGACGCUGGCUCCGUUCGACGAGGACAAUCUCAUCCCCUGCUUCGGAUUCGGCGACGUAACCACCCAUGACUACAAUGUGUUCAGCUUCCACCCGGACAACUCGCCGUGCCACGGCUUCGAGGAGGUCCUGGCUUGCUACAGGAAGAUCGUGCCGCACCUCAGGCUAUCGGGGCCGACGUCGUUUGCGCCGAUCGUGGAGGCGGCGGUCGACAUUGUGGACAGAAGUGGAGGGCAGUACCAUGUUCUUGUCAUAGUUGCCGAUGGCCAGGUGACUAGAAGUGUUGACACAAGUGACAGCGAACUGAGCCCACAGGAAAGGAGAACAAUGGACUCCAUUGUCAUGGCAAGCACCUACCCGUUGUCCAUCGUGCUGGUUGGGGUUGGGGAUGGCCCCUGGGAGGACAUGCAGAAGUUCGACGACAAGCUCCCGGCACGCGAUUUCGACAACUUCCAGUUCGUGAACUUCACAUCGAUCAUGGCGAGGAGCACGACGCCGCAGCAGAAGGAGUCGGCGUUCGCGCUCGCGGCGCUCAUGGAGGUGCCCAUCCAGUACAGGGCCACCGUGGAGCUGGGCAUCCUGGGCCGAUCGACGGGGAAGACCAAGAGAGUUGUGCCCGCGCCACCGCCGCUGCCGCAUGCGCAGAGGCAGCCGUCGUUGAGGAGGGGAGACAGCAACGUUAGCGCCGGAGCGGCGCAGCCUGCAGCGCCAAGAGAUGAUCAGGUGUGCCCAAUCUGCCUGACUAAUGCCAAGGAUCUAGCAUUUGGCUGUGGCCAUAUGAGCUGCAGGGAAUGUGGGGAGAACCUCACCAGAUGCCCGAUAUGUCGACAGGCGAUACGGUCGAAGCUGAGGCUAUUCUCCGGAUGAAAUGGAAAUGCUAAAACCUAAGACUAAUCAUGUACAUAUUGUCAAAUGUGUAAGGAACUGAGCUCAGGUCAAUCGGUGAGAGGUUUCGGAUCAUCUUCGCAUCGAAUUUCGAAUAGGAUGAAUCAAUGUCUCGUUCGUGAGGAAGCUUUUAGAUUUGGAGUGGUUCUAUUUGUUUGGUUUUUUGUCAUGUUAAUUUGUAAUAAGUAAGAGGAUGGUUCGUAUGGUUCCCUAGGGUGUUUUAUUAGUUGUAUCGCUGCGAGUGAAAAAUAAAGAAAAUGUGUGGAGUGAAAAUAAGGUU